AUGGCUGCUACUCCACGCGAACUGGUCUGUUCCAACUUCACUUCGCCCCCUCCUUGUCGUCUCUCGCCCCGCCGCCGUGAAGCUAGAGGCAACUCUCGUUAAACGAAGCUUCACAUCCACCGUCCUCCCGUGAAGCGGCGGAGACCGCGUCCUGAAAAAGAGCAACUUCUCAUCAGCAGACUUCGUCGCAAACAAACAAUCUCGAGUGGACUUCCACCAACCAAGUGCCCGGUAGGAGGAGUCAACAGGUUUCAGCUGACGGCCCUGACACACACACACACACACACACACGCACGCACGCACACACACACACACACACGCUGAGACGAGGGACCAAGCACGUGGAGAAGACACACACACCAGUCCCAUCUGCCUGAAGUGAGAGGGAAGGAGAAGCGAUAUGGGUAAGGUCUGGUGAAGGACUGGACCCUUAGCAGGACUCUGGCCUUUCUGGACUCCACACCGGAAGAGCGGCGAGCUUCUCGGACUCUUCUAGAAGCAUCAUGUGAUCCCCACACAUUCCUCCCUCCUGGAAUUCCCUUUGGAUUUGCCGUUGCUCCUUCACUCCUCUCUCUCUCCGUGUGUGUGAGAGUGUGUGUGUGUGUGUGUGUGUGUGUGUGUCUGAGUGAGAGUGAGUGAGUGAGUGUGUGAGUGUGUGUGUGUGUGUGUGCGUGCUAGGGUGUUCUGUGUGCUUGCUUUGGUAAACAGCACGCCUCUGGCAAACAGAGAGAGAGAGAGAGAGAGAGAGAGAGAGAGAGAGAGAGAGGGAGAAGACAGAAGAGAAGAGAAGAGAAGAGAAGAGAGGAGGAGGAGAGGAGAGGAGAGGAGAGGAGAGAAGAGAAGAGGAGGAGAGGAGAGAAGAGAAGAGAAGAGAGGAGGAGAGGAGAGGGGAGAAGCGUAGGGCUUUAAGCUCAAAGCCCCGUCGUUUUCUGCCUGGUCUUAAAGUCAUCGAUUCCUCUGAACUCUGACAGGCAGGCAAGCACACACCAAGGCAGACUAAUCCUCUCCCUCACACUCUAACUGAAACCAGAUUACACACACACACACACACACACACACACACACACACACACACACACACACACAUACACCCACACCCACAUUUCCUAAAAUACACUCAGAAGCCCUUAAGUAUUCUCCCAUACACAACUAUAAAGCACAGACACUCCUAAAAUCUGACUGGGAGCAAACAAAAUCUCUCUCUCUCACACACACACACACACACACACACACACACACACACACACACACACACACACACACACACACACACACAUAUCCACUCCCACCCCAAGUGCCUCCAUGUUGGGGUAAACUCCUAGCUGGCCAGGUGAGGACUGUUCAUCGCUGGACGUGCGUGGUCGAGGCCUUGAGUGUGUGUGUGUGUGUGUGGCGGGUGGAGCAGCGCCAUGUCUGGGAAGGGCAAUGCCCCCCCCGGCCCCCCCCACCUGCCCGGGUUCCCCAUGCCCGCCUACUCCUACUUCUUCCCCCACAUGCUGGGGGGGCUCUCCCCACCCUCGCUGCCUGGGCUGCCCCUCAGCGGAUACAGCACCCCGUCACCAGCCACCAUAGAGACGCAGAGCACGAGUUCGGAGGAGAUCGUGCCGAGCCCCCCCUCCCCUCCCCCGCCCCCGCGCAUCUACAAGCCGUGCUUCGUGUGCCAGGACAAGUCGUCGGGGUACCACUACGGGGUCAGCGCCUGUGAGGGCUGCAAGGGUUUUUUCCGGCGGAGUAUCCAGAAGAACAUGGUGUACACGUGUCAUCGGGAGAAGAACUGCAUCAUCAACAAGGUGACACGGAACCGAUGCCAGUACUGCCGCCUGCAGAAGUGCCUCGAAGUGGGCAUGUCCAAGGAGUCGGUGCGGAACGACCGGAACAAGAAGAAGAAGGAGGAGAAGAAGCCGGAGUGUGUGGUGGAGAUGGGCACGCUGAGCGCUGAGACGGACGCCAUGAUCACCAGGGUCCGCAAAGCCCACCAGGAGACUUUCCCCUCGCUCUGCCAGCUGGGCAAAUACACCACCAGCAACAGUUCGGAGCGGCGUGUGUCGCUGGACGUGGACCUGUGGGAUAAGUUCAGCGAGCUGUCCACCAAGUGCAUCAUCAAGACGGUGGAGUUCGCCAAGCAGCUGCCCGGCUUCACCACCCUCACCAUCGCCGACCAGAUCACACUCCUCAAGGCCGCCUGCCUCGACAUCCUGAUCUUGCGGAUCUGCACGCGCUACACUCCGGAGCAGGACACCAUGACCUUCUCGGACGGCCUGACGCUGAACCGCACGCAGAUGCACAACGCCGGCUUCGGCCCGCUGACCGACCUCGUGUUCGCCUUCGCCAACCAGCUGCUGCCGCUCGAGAUGGACGACGCAGAGACGGGGCUCCUCAGCGCCAUCUGUCUGCUGUGCGGGGACCGCCAGGACCUGGAGCAGGCUGAUAAGGUGGACGUUCUGCAGGAGCCGCUGCUGGAGGCGCUGAAGCUCUACGUGAGGAACCGGAGGCCCCACAA